AUGUUUUAUAUAAACACUGAAAUCAAGUUUAGUAUAAUUACUAAAACUGACGGUGACUUCAAUACAAGUCAUUUACCAAAGAUAUCGACAACCGUUGCAAACAAAUCUCGAUUAUUAUGUUUAGUAACGACACAACCGGCAAAUCAUGCGACCAAAGCACUGGCAGUCAAAGAGACGUGGGGUAAGGCAUGCGAUAUAUUAUACUUUGUGAGCUCAGAGAUGGUACCAGAGUUGCCGGCAAUACGGGUGCAAUGCGAGAAAUAUGACCAUGAUCACUUGUUAUGCAAAAAUAUUAAGGCAAUACUAUAUGGAUUAAACAAAUAUCGAAACCAAUUUGAUUGGUUCUUCAAAGCAGAUGAUGACACCUUUGUUAUUGUCGAUAAUCUUAGACAACUACUCGAUAAGCAUAACCCGGACACUGCUAUCUGGUUUGGCUGUCCUUUUGCAUUGGGAGGUAAUCGCAAUAAAACAUAUCCGAGUGGAGGAGCCGGUUAUGCUAUGAGUAGACAAUCAAUGUAUUUAAUGGAAAACGCUUUAAAAAAUCACACCAAAUGUCGGUUUUUAAAUUUGAAAAAUAGGGAAACGGGUGCCGACGAUGCAGAGAUAGGAAUUUGUCUAAAUGAGCUAGGUGCUCAAAUUGGUGAUGAAACAGAUGAUAGACAUUUAAAACGGUUCUUCCCAUUCCCUCCAAACACUUUCAUUGAUAAAACAACCGGAUUUUAUGAGUGGUUUAAUGUUUAUAAUGUAAAUCCCGUUCAAAAGGGAUUAAAUUGUUGCAGUAAUACAACAAUAUCAUUUCAUUAUGUGCCAUCAAAUGAUAUGUAUAUCUAUGAUUUUUUAUUAAUAACUAAUAAUCAAAUCCAAUUGAAAAGUUGUCUCAACAAUUUAAACAUUAUGUUUGGCGAUCAAAGAGAUGUGUUGGGAAGGCAUCGAUUCAUACCAUUUAGCUUACAAUACCUGUCAAACCAUAACUCCAAUAUCAACAAUACCGGUACUAAUGAAUAUAAAUCGGUAUUUAUAUUAUUUUAA